UGUGUGUGGGUGGGUUGAAUUUUGAUUUGCUGGGCGGUGUAUGAUUCUGUUUAUUGAGAAAUGCAACCCCAGCUGAGCUCGAGAAUCAAUUUGGCCGAAUUGAAAGCGCAGAUUGUGAAGAGAAUUGGAACGGAUAAGUCUAAGCGGUACUUUUAUUACUUGAACCGUUUUCUGAGUCAGAAGCUGAGCAAGACUGAAUUCAACAGGUCAUGUUAUAGGGUGCUUGGCAGGGAGAAUAUUCCAUUACACAAUCACUUUAUAACGUCAAUUUUGAAGAAUGCCUACCAAGCCAAGACCCCACCACCGCCAGCCCAGUUGACAGGUCCUCCCAAAUUAGGAGCACUUGCCAAUAAUGUAUCUCCUGGAAGAGAGGAUGGACAUGAACAGAGUGUCACUAACUUCCAAACUCCGAAUGCUUCCAUUUGGUCCAAUGGGGUUUUGCCAGUUUCCCCACGUAAGUUAAGGUCUGGAGUGCAUCGCAAGCUUAAAGAUAGGCCAAGCCCCCUUGGACCAAAUGGAAAAGUUGAUUCAGUUGCUCAUCAAUCCACAGCUACAGAAGAUAGUGGUAGUAAGGUUGAUAUGGAGAAUGGAAUUCGUACUCCAUGUGAUUAUCAGAGAUCUAUGCAGCAUCUUCAGGCAGUUGAUGAGCUACCUGAGAAUGGUAUGGGGGAUGUUAUUCAAAUACCUGCACAAAAACCAAGAAUACAUGGCAAGGGGCCAACUGCAGUAUCAAUUGUUGAAGAUGGGGAAGAGGUGGAGCAGUUAAACCGCCUCAAUUUCUCUAGAAGUCCCUUGAUAGCACCGCUUGGGAUCCCUUAUUGCACUGCAAGUGUUGGUGGGGCCCGCAAAGCAUUGCCAGUGAAUAGCACUGGUGAUUUUAUUAGUUGUUGUGACAAUGGUAGGUUAUCUGAUACAGAUACAUUGAGAAAGCGCAUGGAGCAGAUCGCUACAGUGCAGGGUCUAGGAAGUGUUUCUAUGGAAUGUGCAAAUACAUUGAAUAAUGUUUUAGAUGUUUACUUGAAACGGUUGAUCAGAUCUUGUAUUGAUUUAGUGGGAGCUAGGUCUCCAAAUGAGCCAAGGAAACAACCUGUCUCGAAACAGCAGAUUCAGGGGAAAGUCAUUAAUGGUGUCUGGCCAAAUAAUCCUUUACAUGUGCAGAGUGCUUGUGGGAUGGCAGAACCCGAGCCUGAGCACAGAUCACCAGUCUCGGUAUCUUUACGUGAUUUUAAGGUUGCUAUGGAGCUAAAUCCACAGCAACUUGGAGAAGAUUGGCCGCUACAGUUGGAGAAAAUUUCUAUGCAAUCAUUUGAGGAAUAACACAUCUUUGAAGAUUUUUUAAGAAAAUAUUGGGUCUUCUUCUUCUGGUUCUGAUGGCUCGGCAAUGGUUGGUGAUCAUUGGCACACUUAACUCUGUUCUUAUUGCCAGGAUUAACCAGAUGACGCCCCAAAUGUCUUAUCUCUGCUAUUUGCAGGGUUAGGAUGAUUCGGAGAUUCAUUUAUCUGCAACCAAGGGUAGUACCAAAUGAGGCCCAGGAUUGGUUGCACUGUUGUAUGUUUAGCAUUGGUGUUGGCUGUAUUUAUCAUUGCUAGAGAUCUUAAGGCUUUUUGCUUGCUUUGCAGCCAAUGAGAAAGAAGACUCGGAAAGUUUUGCAGGGACACUGUUGCGUAGCUGGGAUCAAGGGACUAAGACAUGUAUAAGAACCGAAGGGUUGCUCUGUAUGUAUUUUUAGAAUAUGAGGAUUGAUUGAAUUCAAUAUUAAUAACAUGUCAAUUAAAUUUUCCUUCGAUGCUUUAA